AAUUAUUGUGUUUUAUGCUUUUUGUGGGCAGUCUUUUAAAUGCCGAUUACAUCCACACUUCGCGAUCAACCCGAAAUCAAUCCCGAUUUCGGGCCCGAUAUCGAGAAAAUAUUUUUCCGUUUCACGUAGUCUCAGCACAUCGUUUACAAUAUUUGAAAUGUAAAAAAAUCGUUCGUAUACAAAAAUAUAAACCAUUUAACAUUUUUGGCAAUUAGAGACAAAGUAUUUUUUACAUUUCUGAUAUUGUUAACGAUGUGCUGAUAUUCUGUGAAACUAAAAUGAUUAUCAGGCCCGAAAUCGGGAAGUGUGAAUGUAUAAUUGGCGCUUUACCGGAUUAAACUUACUAAAAAUAAAAUUUUCUAUUCAUUACAAGGCAGUAUGGCUUAUAGCUUUAGCCCGUCUAGGUGGACGAAAAAAAAACUGCAUAAGUUGUCAAAUUUUUGAGGUUAUGUUACUUAUGUGUUGUCUGUUGUGUUUCGGCUGGGCAGGGUUAGCAUUAGUCGUUACGCUAUUGAAUGGUGAUUUUUUGCCAAGAUAAUUGCACUUAUUCUUGGUUUAAAUCAAAUAGCUGUAUCACGCGAGCUGUCUCCGAUAAGUAGUUUGUAUUUUUUUGCCAAGUGAAUAAGUAGACUUCCGCUUUCGUCGAUUGAGGCUGUAGCGAUCUUUUGUAGUCUGUGCUGUAGCGAGAAAAGCUUCUCACUGCUACCAGCUUGUGAGCGCACAACAACAUGCCCCUAGAGACAGCAUGUGGUAAGGCAGAGGCGGUGUGUGUGAAGACAGAGCCCGGAGAGACGUGUGUAAAGGAGGAGCAGGAGUGUGAGGAUGGCGCCUGGCAAGGAGUGAGCGCAGCAGCCGCAGAGGCUGGACUCUAUAUUGAUCAUGAGGUCAAGGAUGAGGUUGUGCUUGGCCCCGAGGAGUGGCACCGCCCAAAAGUGUUUCAAGUGAGUUCGGACAGCAGCGCCGCUUGCGCCAGGAAACAGCGCGCGAUGACAUGUUCAAUGGUGCUCGAGCGCCUCCGCGGUGACGCGACUGUUCACAGUGGAGGCAAACCAUACAGCUGCGAACACUGCGGCAAGCAUUUCGGAAACAAAUAUAUUUUAAGAAAUCACAUACAAAACACACACUUAUCGACCGAACAAAAACUAUUUGCUUGUGAUUUCAGUGGUUCUACAUUUCGCACCGAAUUGCUUGUAAAAGAACACGAGAAAAGUGAACACGGUAUUACGAAUUUCACGUGUGCUGAAUUGUAUUCGGACGGCAGCGCCGCCCGCGCCAGGGAACAGCUCGCGACGGCUUGUUCCGUGGUGCUCGAGCGCCUCCGCGGCGACGCCACUGCGAACAGCGGAGGCAAACCAUACAGCUGCGAUCACUGUGGAAAACGUUUCAGAAACAAGCCUAUCUUAAGGAAACAUAUUCAGCUCACUCACUUAGCAAUCGGGCCAAGACAAAUUCCAUGUGAUUUUAGUGAUUCUACAUUCCAAUCUGAAUCGCUUGCAAUGGAUCACGAGAAAAGCGGACAUGGUGUUACAAAUUCCAUAUGUGCUAAACUGUGUUCGGACGGCAGCGCCGCCCGCGCCAGGGAACAGCUCGCGACGGCUUGUUCCGUGGUGCUCGAGCGCCUCCGCGGCGACGCCACUGCGAACAGCGGAGGCAAACCAUACAGCUGCGAUCACUGCGGCAAGCAUUUCGGAAACAAGUAUAUUUUAAGAAAUCACAUACAUAACACACACUUCGACACCGAACAAAAACUAUUUCCUUGUGAUUUUUGUAUUUCUGCGUUUCGCACCGAAUUGCUUGUAAUAGAACACGAGAAAAGCGAACAUGGUGUUACCAAUUUCAUGUGUGCUGAAUGUGAGUAUACAACAAGUUCCAAGAAAACUUUGGAGACUCAUUUAAAGAGGCACUCUUCGGAAAAUAAUUUCAACUGUAGUCACUGUAGUUACACAAGUUCGUGUAAAAGUAAUUUACACAAACACCAAACAAUACACUUUGCUGGAAAACCUUUUGAGUGUAGCGACUGUGAUUUCAAAUGCAGAGUUGAAUCAAAUCUGCGACGUCACAAGAAGACGCACAACCGGAGGCGACAGAGAAUACUCACUGGAAAACAUCCUAAUAAAUGUAAUUAUUGCGACUACAAGUGCAGUGCUAGUUCUAUUUUACAAAAACACGAAAUAAAACAUACAGGCGAGAAGCCAUUUCAGUGUAGCCACUGUGAUUACAAAUGCAGACAUAAGUCAAACUUACAACAACACCUUAUGAUACAUACUGGGACAAAGCCAUUUCAGUGUAGCCAUUGUGAUUACAAAUGCAGUCGGAAGUCAGACUUACAAAGACACCUGAUGAUACAUACUGGAGCGAAGCCAUUUCAGUGUAGCCAUUGUGAUUACAGAUGCAUUCUGAAGUCAUCCUUACUAAGACACCUAAUGAUACAUACUGGGGCGAAGCCAUUUCAGUGUAGCCACUGUGAUUACAAAUGCAGAAAUAAGUCAACCUUACAAAGACACCUGAUGAUACAUACUGGGGCGAAGCCAUUUCAGUGUAGCCACUGUGAAUACAAAUGCAAUCGGAAGUCAGACUUACAAAAACACCUGAUGAUACAUACUGGGGCGAAGCCAUUUCAGUGUAGCCACUGUGAUUACAACUGCAUUCGGAAGUCAGACUUACAAAAACACCUGAUGAUACAUACUGGGGCGAAGCCAUUUCAGUGUCAUCACUGUGAUUACAAAUGCAGACAUAAGUCAACCUUACAAAGACACCUGACGAUACAUACUCGGGUGAAGCUAUUCAAAUGUAGCAAUUGCGUAUAUAAGACCAAACGGAAAGGAGACUUGCUAAAACAUCAGAUGAUACAUACUGACUAAAAGCCUUUUAUUUGUACCCACGGCAACAACAGAAGUGGAUAUAAAUAUGAUUUACAAAGACAUCUUAGAACGAAACAUUCCGGUGAAAAACCCAGAAAUAGUUCGUACAGAACAUGUGUCGGGUGUGGGCUAUGUGGUGUAUGUGUCGUGGCUCCCUUGCACGAUGUGUUCCCGGUGUCGUGCCGGCGUGUGUCGUGCAGGACGAGCGAGUGGCGUGUGUAGUGGCGAGAGGCUGCUUCAGGCUGCGUCUCCACCAGAGAUGUGCGAGGAUGCGUAGCGAGGGAUAUGUUUUAGGGUUCCGUAGCCAAAUGGCAAAAAACGGAACCCUUAUGGAUGCGUCUGUCUGUCUGUCCGUCCGUGUCACAGCCACUUUUUUCCGAAACUAUUAGAACUAUACUGUUAAAACUUGGUAAGUAGAUGUAUUCUGUGAACCGCAUUAAGAUUUUCACACAAAAAUAGAAAAAAAAAACAAUAUUUUUUUUGGGGUUCCCUAUACUUAAAUUUUUUUUUCAUCAAACCCAUACGUGUGGGGUAUCUAUGGAUAUGUCUUCAAAAAAUGAUAUUGAGGUUUCUAAUAUCAUUUUUUUCUAAACUGAAAAGUUUGCGCGAGAGACACUUCCAAAGUGGUAAAAUGUGUGCAUCAUUUGAGAAAUUAUGAAUGUGGGCUGAGAAUGAGUGGGUUACUCGUCAAAUGUCUUCUUUAUGCUGAUGACCUGGUAUUGCUAGCGUCGUCGGGUAAAGAGUUGAAGGGAGAAAAUAUGACAAACUGAAAUGUUGAUGGUCAAGAAAGAGUGGAACAAGUGAAAGAGUUUGUGUAUUAGGGAACCUUAAUGUAUGUAACCUGUAUGUAUUAUGAUAAAGACAUUGAUAGGAGAGUGAAUGCUGGAAAUCCUGUGGAUUGGGCACUCAACGCUUUUAUGAGCAGGCAGAAGGUGUCACAAAAAGCAUGGUUGGUUGUGCAUAGAGGGGUGUUGGUGCCUACACUUAUGUAUGGUAGCGAAAAUUGGGUAUGGCAGAAGAGGCAUCAGAGCCAUGUGAAUGCAGUGGAGAUGAGAGCGUUGAAAAGUGUGUGUGGUGUGAGAUUAUAAGAUAGAAUUAGGAGCAGUGUGAUGAAGGAAAAGUGUGUACUGAACGAAGAUGUGUGGAAAGAAUGAGUGAAAUAAUGCUAACAAAGAGAGUGUAUAAAGAAGAAGUAGAAGAGGGAGCUGGAAGGGGUAGACCUCGGCGGACUUUCUCUGAUUAAACCAGCAAGCGUGUAUGAGGAAUGUUAUGAAAGUGAAGGAAGCGAAAGAGGCAUGUCAGGAUCGUAGCAAGGGGAAAUCCGUGGUCUCUACCUACCCCUCCGGGAAAUAGGCGUGAUUAUAUGAAUGUAUUUUGAAUCUUUAUUGAAUUUAUUUGUCUUGGCAAGUUUUGAUUCUUGAAUAAUUUAACUGACUACUGGGUAGAUUAUUCCUCAAUUAAGAUGCAUGGUUAAAUUAGUUGGGCAGGUUAGGUAUGAUAAAAUUUGCGAAUUGCGAUAAGUGCCAAAGUUUAGACUUCGAAUAUUCGCUUAAGGUCGCUUGUACUGAAUAAACAGAAUGAUCCUUAACUUAAAAUUUACGUAACGUUGCUUUGUACCCACAAUCCUACAAAAAGCAUUAGCCGCACAGUAAAAAUAACAUACUUAUUAAAUUUGAGUUAUGUUUAGCUAUAAUUUCACGAAGCCUAUCGAGGGGAGUACAGUAAAAAUAUUAUUUCCUUCGCAUUUGGAUACCUACCGUUCCUCAUUUACUGUAAAUACGUUUAGCCGGGUAUUUACAGAAACUGUAACUAAAGCGGAUGAAAUAGAUUUUUUCGAGUAAUAAAAAAUAUUCGGAAACUAAGCGGUCGAAUAUUCGAAUAUCAAAACAGGUCGAAUAUUCGACAAAUUCAAAUAUUGCACGAAUUGCAAGCCCUAUUUUUAAGAACUAAGAAUCACUUCAUUUGUUCUCCGCGCUCAGCGUGUAGUGAUUCUAUUGGGUAACAAACAGCCCUCGCUACGCAUUCUCGCACAUCUGGUGGAAACACAGCCUUACUCAACUACUUAAGAUAUAUGAAAAACUAUAACCUGUUUGCGGAUAAUGUGUCAACACUCAAUACAUACGGACGUUUUGUUAUUCUGUUUAAUAUUUUGCUUACACGUAGACCGCGAGCCAGCAACAGAUUUCCAUGACCAAUCGCAAGUCGCAUGAACAUGUAAAAAAUAAGCGCUUUACCUUCUUAUGAUAGCAAUAAAGAAAAACAUGAAACUUUGCAUGUAGCAUUUCAUCAGGUGAAACGCCUGAAACGUCAUAAACGGAUUACGCAAUUAACACAUUACGCAUACUUUGCGGACAUAAAGUGGUAAGGCGCGCAUUUUUUACAUGUUCACUUUACAGCUGCUGGCCUUUCCACCGCGAUACAACCGGCUGACGGUUUUUACUUAUUUAAAACAGCAUCUAAACUAUCACCUGACAGAGUAUCAGCCGGGAGGCGAGGACUGACGAAAUAUGCUCCUGGCCCGCGGUCUAACGGGCCAAAAAGACCAAUUAGUAGUUUCGAAUUUUUGACACUACAAUACAUUUUUAAAUUAAGGGGCUCCCCGCGGUUUUCAUCGAUUUUUGACUAGUUUUGAGUGGUUACUCCUACAUUUGCACUAUAGAUAGAAUUAUAAGACAACCGGCUAUCGGUUCUUCAAUCUUUUAUCUCCAUUCUGGUCUGCCGAAUUUUGAAACCCUUAAUUUGUUUAUUUUUAAACAACGUCAAUCAAAACAGUUUUUUCGUAACUCGAUUGCUGUGAAGGAUUUUACAUAUACAAAAUCUACACAUUUGCGUUCGUCUUUAACGUCGCUAAAAAUUGGUCAGAUUGUAAUUUUAAACUAAUUAACACAAAAGCUAUGGCCAGUAAACCAGUUUUUUGGCCUAAAAUUGUUCAACUUUGAUGCCAAAUAUCUCGAAGACAGUGAUUUAUGAAGUAAAUUUGGUAUACAAUAUUGCUUACAGCCGUUGCUGUUAAUAUGAUAAGCUACAAAAAACAUUACAAAACUAAGGGAUUAAACUCCAAGGUCAUUGGCGUUAGGGACCCCCUUAAUAAAACUAUCAUGAAAUAAAACGUUGGUGAUAUUAA